CUCCUGCUAUUCUGGUAAACUGUUAUUGCCUGCUGACUUCCUUGUUUGCUCUGUAUACUGCCUGUUGUCACUGUAGACUCACCGGGUGGAAAGCAGAAACAAAGUAAAGAAAAUAGUCUCAUGACAAGAGGUGGAGGUGGGGUUGGACAGAGAUAAGAGACGGAAACCAUGUCUUUGUCCAAGCCAGAGGAGCAGCUAGCCUACGAGCUAAGCUGCCCCAUCUGCCUUCAGCUCUUCUCCGAUCCCUUGGUUCUCCCCUGUGGACACAACUACUGCCGAUCCUGUAUCGGAAAGAGCGUCGACAUCAAGGACCAAACACCUCCACGGUGUCCAGAGUGCCGCGAGGAGUACCAAGGGUUUGAAUCCCUGCAGAGGAACUUCAAACUCUGCAGCAUCAUCGAGGGUUACCGAGCCACCGCUCCACAGCUGGACUGGCAGCCUGACACUGUGGGGGGGGAGGUUUUCUGCGACCACUGCAUAGACGAGCAGUUGGCGGCCGUGAAGACGUGCCUGAAGUGCGAGGUGUCGCUGUGUUCCAGACACCUUCAGAGGCACAACGAGAAGGAGGCGUUCAGGGCCCACGCCGUGGUGGAGCCCCUGAAGGAGCUGGGGAUGAAGGCCUGUGCCACUCACCGGCGUCCCUUUGAGUAUUUUUGCUCCAACGACAUGACCUUGAUGUGCAGCACGUGCUUCAUAGAGGGACACCACUACGACCACGAUGUUCUCACCUUCAGCGCCGCAGACCAGGAGAUGAGGGCGGCGCUGGAGAGCCGCAGCAAGGUGGUUUCCUUCAGGCUGCAGAUCACAGAGAGUGUCCUGCAAAAGACAGCAGAGGAGCAAGGAGCGUCUGAAGCCAUCGGAGACAAACUGGUGAACAAGGCGGUCACCAUCAUGGACAGUAUGGCUGCACUGGUGGACAGGUACAGGGAGCGCCUGCAUGUGCUGCUGGAGGAGGAGAGGAGCAUGCGCAGACAGAGCUGGCAGUAUGGACUCAAUGCACUGGAGGAGCAGCAGCAGCAGUUAGUGGAGGUCCAGAGAAACGCUGAAGAGGUCCUCAGUGAGACAGACCCAUGCGUCUUCAUACACAGGUUCAUGCAGAUUGAGAAUAAGCUGAAAGAGGUCUCCACAGGCAACUUUCCCUCCGUGGUCCCCUUGAAGGCUCCGCUGAACACCAAGCGUCUGCAGGCAGGCCUCAAAACCCAAGACUUCCGCUCCGAAAUGAUCCCCCUCCUGAACUCCCUCCAUAUCCUCCUGAACCCCCUGGACCUCACCUUCAACCUCUGCACCGCCCACCAGAACCUGAUAGUGUCCAAUGAUCUGCGCACGGUCAAGUACAGCCCCAGCAAGCAGUCGUACGCAGAGCACCCAGAGCGUUUCACAAGCGCACCCCAGAUUCUGUGCAGCCAGGGGUUCUCCAGUGGGGAGCACAUAUGGGUGGUGGAAGUGGGGCCCGGCAGCAUGUGGUCCAUGGGCGUGUGUUACAAGAGCAUCCUUCGCCGUGGUGACCACAGCCGCCUAGGACACAACUCUGUUUCCUGGCGGCUUCAGUGGAAAAACAACAAGCUGACGGUGUGCCAGUCCUCCUGCAACGUGGCUCUGGGGGAAAUGACCAAUCACCCGCUCAGGAUUGAGAUAGCACUGGACUAUGAGGCUGGGACUUUAAUAUUCCAUAACACCAAAGGGCACAGGGAGCACCUGCACACCUUCAGGGUUGUGUUCAGGGAGCCCGUUUACCCAGCGUUCAGUAUCCAUUCAAACACACAAGAGUCCUGGAUCACACUGCACAGUGGGAUGUAAACACAACUUCUGUUGUUUGCUUUUUUACAUGCUUAGAAUUGAUUUGGGUGUUAAGCAUUGUUUUGUAUUUGUACUGCUCCCUGUCAAAUGUCUGUAAUAAAAUACAUGUUUAACAAAUGCCAUAUUUGUAUGGAAUCGAUCCUAAAUAGUGCAUUUAUGUGUCUUAAGUAAGAACAAAAUGACCUCAGUCAGACAUUAGCUUGUUGUUGUUUACAAAACAUUUUUUGUUAAUGAUAAGAGUGAUUUUUGUAGAGUACAUUAAUGUUUUUCAUACAUGAAUUUGCUUAGUGGGAUUUUCUUCGUUUAGUUUUUUGUCAUUUUCUUAAAUUUCAAUUUUUAGUGUGUCUAUGAAGUUACCUUCAUUUCUUUUGAAUUGUGUGUUAUCUGUUUGUGAUCUUUAUUUCGUGUAAACAUUGAUGUGCGUGGACACCGACCUUUAGGAUGAAUAUGAGACACAUAUUUGUGUUUAUGCAACAAAUAAACUCUUGUGAUAAUG